AGAGCCGAAGUCACAGCUGAGAGGACAACACGGCUGUGCUGGUGUGUGGUGUGAUGGGGAAGAUUGAGGUGCGGCAGUUGGUACAGGGCAUUCCCUUUGCCACAGCGGUCCUGGCUCGCUCUCCUCUGAGCUGGUCUGCAGAUAACAACAUUGCUCUCGUCACCCAGCAUGGUGUCUACAUUUUGGUAUGUUGAGGAGAAUUUGGCAUGAGUGUUAUUCACAUCAUAGAGACACACUUGAAACUGAAAACUGUAUUAGUAAUUGAAAACUGUUGAUAUCUAGUGUGGUGAAAAUGAACUGUGAAUAACUUGCUUUUUAUUGUGGUUGCAUUCAAAGAAAAUUGCAAAGAUGUAUGGAUUGAAAUUCUUAAUAGUUCUAGUGACAGUGACCCAGUCAUUGGGACUAAACUUCACCGAGUAUGUGUUUGGCACCAAUACAAAUUUCUUGCCAGCUGCAUUUGGGGACUUCAACUCUGAUAAAUUGACUGACUUAUUUGUGGUGACGGAGGAUGGCAAAACGCUAGAGAUACUAAUAUCUCAGCCUGAGCCGCCCCUCAUGGUUCCCUCAGGACCUGAUAAUAAAAGGCUUUUCUGCACCUACAAGACCCUCAAUAUAGUCAAUGUUGCUCCUGGGGACUUUGAUGGAAAUGGUGCCAUGGAUGUGAUGAUAGUGUCACACAAUACCAAGGUGUCUGAGUUCUUUGAAGUGUAUAUCCUUUGGGGAAGUCUCAAGGAAGAGCCUUUAAGGUGUGGGUCAGAAGACCUUCCUUUACUGUCACUCUCUGGGCAGCCACUGGUCAUGGAUUACAAUGGAGAUAUGAUCCCAGACCUGUUUGGGGAAGAUAAGAAUAACACCAGAAUGUUUUGGGUAUUUGGACCAAAGAGAGAUUCUCCAACAGCUGUGCCAGUAGAAAUAGGUAACCUGACAAGCCUGAGAGUGCCAAGUUCACAUGCCUUCAUUGACCUGGAUGACGAUCUUGCAGCUGACUUGUGGGUAACUGCUACGGGACAGUAUGAAGUGUGGAUGAAAUCUUUCAAGGGUUUUAAAUUGAACCGUACCACUGAACCACCAGCUCCCGUGGUUGGCCAGACAUCAUUUGCAGAUGUGAAUCUUGAUGGAGAAGUGGAUGCUCUUGUUCCAGCUUGCAAGGAUGAAUCAUGUUCACAGAGUGCAAUAUAUAUAUACAGUUAUGGGCAUUCAAAAUGGAUUGAGCUGGAUGUCAACUUCAAGGACUCGUCUGAAAAUAUCUGGAGGUACCCACAGUCAAAAGAUAAGGAUUAUCUUUACACAGACACCAUUACCUUACAUGUUGGCGACUACAAUCUAGACGGCUACCCAGACUUUCUGGUCACCCUCAUCAAUACAGAGAAUAAACCGAGAGUGAUCCUGAUGGAGAACGUCAAAUGUGAGGAGGCAUGCAGCGCUUACCCUCGCAAGUUUGUACCCCAUUGGAAUCUGUUUGAAGAAUUUGGUGAUACUGUAUUGGGAACCUUCUUUGACUUUCAAGAAGAUGGCACACUGGAUAUCCUUCUGGUGCGAAAGGACUCUGAUGGGAAGUACCAGCUGGGAGUGUACAAAGACCCCAAUGAGUAUGAUGCUGUCUUUGUCAAGGUGCUCAUCCCUACGGGGCGCUGCUAUGGGUCUGACUGCCAGCUGCACAAUAUUCCAUAUGGCACCAACCAGCCAGGGCCCUCCAUCACCUACACCAUCACUACAGCCACAGGAGGCAUGCAGCAGUCCAGAGACACCCAGCUGUCCCAGACGGCCUACCAUGCCCUCCAGCUGCCUUACACUGUCUUUGGUUUGGGACGAAACUGGAACUUUGUGGAGGAACUGAGGGUUGGCAUCCCCAAGGGAAACAACUCAGAGACCCUGAGCAGCAGUUUCACCCAGAUCAUCCCCAACUCCCAGCUGAUAGUGAUACCAUACCCAAGGGGGCACCCUGACCGGUGGGUGAGCAAGCUGUUCAUCACCCCCAGCAAGGCAAUGCUCAUGACGGCCGGGGCGCUGGUGGGCACCUGCCUCUUUGUGGCCGCCAUCAUCGGCAUCCUCUACCGCAGGGAGUUGCAGCAGGAUAAGAGAGAGAAGCAGCAGGACGCACACAAGUUUCAUUUUGAUGCCAUGUAAACCAUAAGUAUUCUUGCUUUAUAGUGUGUACCAGUAUGAUUCUUUUGUAGUGUUUCACUGUUCAUCAUCAGAUAUCCAUCAGUCUUAGUUUUUCCUUAUUCAUUAAUAGUUAUCAGUUCUUGAUUUCAGUUGUAUGUUCAUAUGUACCAAUGAUAUACCUAGUCAUGUAGUGCUGAUCUUCCAGUAUGAAUGAAUAUUUAUAAUUUUCUCAUAUGUUGAGGUAUGUAAUUUAUUUUGGUUACAUGAUGUAUGGUAAAGGAAUUGGAUGCCUUGCUUGAUUUGUGAUGAUUUGUGUGCCUACAUAUUCUGGUGUGAAGUUUUGCAUUGCACUCAUGCUGUGUGAGGACUUGUGAAGCACAGAGUUCGUGAUACUUAACUCAUGUGAAUUUUGGUCUUACAUUUUGGAGGUCUGCCUUAUAGCAUUAUAUUCUGUGUGUGUAGAUAUGUAUAUAAUGGAAGAGAAAAUAACUUGUAAGAGUAUAUAUAUAUAUAGGUACAUCAAAGUGUAAGUUUUAUUAUGGUUGGCUGGGGAGAGAGAGGACAAUUUAUAAAACUUAGCUGAAAAUUAUUUCUAUACAGUAAAAUCCCUCUCAUCCGGCAUUCGAGUAUCCGGCAGCUUCAAGUAUCCGGCACAUUUUUCCCCAAGCCUUAAAAUCAAUAAAAAAUCAAUGUGUACUCAUAAAA